AACCAAACGCAUGGUAAAGGUGUUUAUUUAUUUCAAGCCAAAAGCCUUUCGCUAUCAAAAAACCAUAAACCCGUCGUUUCACACUGGAUCUAUGAUACAGAAACGUGGUCUUGUCAGCAGUCACCCGUCGAUCAAUCACAGUCCGUUGAGUGGUAGACAGUGACCCAGUGAAUAGAGGUGGAACCUCUAUUCUAUUGAUGAACUUGAGGCUUCUGGGUGGAUCCGGUGGGUGGUCCUGAUUCAACCACUUUCUGACACCACAGUCAAUUGACAGGACUUAACACAAUGGAGCAAAAUGUGAAAUUCUUACCUACUCGUUCUAAGAGUUUACUGCAGAGUGAUGAUUUGCACCAGUAUAUCCUGGAGACUAGUGUGUACCCACGUGAACCAGAACUUCUGAAGGAGCUAAGGCAUAUCACUGCUGGCCUCCCACGUGCUAGGAUGGCUACCGCACCAGAUGCAGCCCAGUUGAUUGCCAUGCUGUUGGAGCUAGUAAAUGCAAAAAAGACUAUUGAAGUUGGAGUUUUCACAGGAUACUCUCUUCUCCUCACUGCUCUUACAAUCCCAGAGGAUGGCAAGAUUACAGCCAUAGAUAUAAAUCGGGAGACGUUUGAGAUUGGGUUGCCGAUCAUUAAGAAAGCUGGUGUUGCAGAUAAAAUUAAUUUUAUUGAGUCUGAGGCUUUACCAGUCCUUGAUCAGCUUUUACAAAAUCAUGAAAACGAAGGGAGCUUUGACUUUGCGUUUGUCGAUGCCGACAAGGUUAAUUAUUGGAGCUACCAUGAGCGGUUGAUGAAACUGUUAAAGGUGGGUGGGAUUGUUGUCUAUGAUAACACACUCUGGUCAGGAACAGUUGCAAUGCCUGAUGAGUUGGUUCCAGAGUUCUGGAAACCGGGCAGGCAGUUCAUAAUUGAGUUCAACAAAUUACUGGCAGCUGAUCCCCGCGUCCAAAUUUCACAUGCUUCAAUAGGUGAUGGUAUCACCAUCUGCAAGCGUCUCUACUGAACAGUGCUUGUAACUUUUCUGUAAUGGAUAAUGCUAUUUAGUAGACUACUAUUCAACUGUCGUAUAAAUUGGGAUGAUGUGACAGUGCAAAUAAGCUGUUUUAAUUUUUUUAAUUUUGCAAGUGUUAAUCUAAAGGUUAAUUUUUACUUAACAGUCUACUAAAUAUCAUUACUCUCAAUUUACUUGCCUUAUCACAUAGAGCUUGAAUGUAAAAUUCGCUUGAACUACAUAUGAAGAAAACAGUUUGUGAUUUUGAAAUAAGAGAAACUGAGGUUGCUGAACUA